GUGUGAAGGAAUUACAAGUCCAGAAGGCUCCAAAUCCAUAGUAGAAGGAAUCAUAGAGGAGGAGGAAGAAGAUGAAGAAGGAAGUGAGUCAGUAAACAAGAGGAAAAAGGAAGAUGACAUGGAAACCAAGAAGGACCAUCCAUACACCUGGAGAAUUGAACUGGCAAAAACAGAAAAGUACUGGGAUGGCUGGUUUCGGGGAUUAUCCAAUCUCUUUCUUAGUUGUCCUAUUCCUAAACUGCUGCUCUUGGCUGGUGUUGAUAGAUUGGAUAAAGAUCUUACCAUAGGCCAGAUGCAGGGGAAGUUCCAGAUGCAGGUCUUACCGCAGUGUGGCCACGCAGUCCAUGAAGACGCCCCUGACAAGGUAGCUGAAGCUGUUGCCACUUUCCUGAUCCGGCACAGGUUUGCAGAGCCCAUCGGAGGAUUCCAAUGUGUGUUUCCUGGCUGUUAGUGACCUGCUGUCCACCCCUCCCUCUACAUUGAGCUCUGUUGUAAAUACAUCGCACCAGAGGCCACUGUGAUGCCGCUGUCUCCUCCUCACCAUCCCGCCCAGCCAUGUGACACCGGUUCCCUGUAGAGGGGCAUCCCCAGAUGUACAAACCCCUUCUGUAUACCCGUCAAAAGCAUUGUUUUCCAGGGCCCUUGUCCAACAGUGGCCUGCGCAGUCUGGGGUCCUCAGUUCUUCCUCUCUCCUCCUGUGCUCCCUUCCUUGCCUAGGGUGAAGCCUCCAGAGCUCCUCCCUGGGCCCCUGUUCCUGGCAUCCUGCAAAUGUACCUGGGUCCAUAAGUCUCCCCAGGCUCAGGGAUCUCCAUUCCUUGAGGAUGUUCUUGGCAUGAUCCUGCCCUACCUCAUGGGAUGGGCAAUGCACACACUGGCCCUUAUUUUUCCCUUUCAAAUAAAACACCAGUCAGGUACCUUUAUCCCAGUCUUAACUGUUCUAAGUCUUGAAGAGCCAGGGUGACCAGGGUUCCAGCCUUAGGUUCAGGGAGAGGUAGUAGAUAGCAAGCAUCCCAAGAAACCUGCCUGUAAGCCAGGUCCAGCCAGUCCAAGCACAUGGCUUCCCGUCUGGGUGAGCCCCCUCUCCCACUCCCACAUGUCUGGGCACCUGCCCUGGGCUGAGGCCAGGCUGCUCCAGGGGCCUCAUGAGCCCUCAUCUGCCACAGAGCAGCCCAGGUUAAACACAGCCCAUGCACAAAGCCACAGGCUAAAUCCUGUGGAAUUGUUUUUAAUGAAUGAAUUUAACCAUUUUCAUAGUUGGUUCCUGAAGGUGUGCCAAGUGACGCUUGCCUCUUCUAGACCCACAGCUUCUCACUCCACUUGUGGUUUCCAUGUUCCUCUGUAGAAACAUCAUGGACUAGCAUCCCCAGUCUUUGCCCUUCUCCAGCUGCCUCAUCACAGCACUGCAGCCUCCCCUGCUGCCCAGGCACGCCAUUUCCACAGGCAGGGAGGGGCAGCCCCCUGAAGCCCAUCUUUCUGUGACGUGUAGCCCUCUCCAGUUUUCACCCAACAACUUCCUACCCCUGUCCUGCUGCACGGUCCAGAGUCUGGGACCGACUUUGUUUCUUUGUUAUUUAUGAUCUUGUUUAAAGAAAAUAAAUAUCUCCCAACCUUUA